CAUUGAUGGUGCAUGAGAAAAACACCCAAUUCAAUGGUGGUCAAUGUAGGGUGCCCAUGUAUUGGGGGUCAGUGGGAAGAAUGUCCCUUACAUUGGGGGUCAGUGGGAAGAAUGUCCCUUACAUUGGGGGUCAGUGGGAAGAAUGUCCCUUACAUUGGUGGUCAGUGGGAAGAAUGUCCCUUACAUUGGGGGUCGGGGGGAAGAAUGUCCCUUACAUUGGGGGUCAGUGGGAAGAAUGUCCCUUACAUUGGGGUCGGUGGAAGAAUGUCCCUUACAUUGGGGGUCGGUGGGAAGAAUGUCCCUUACAUUGGGGGUCGGUGGGAAGAAUGUCCCUUACAUUGGGGGUCAGUGGGAAGAAUGUCCCUUACAUUGGUGAUCAGUGGGAAGAACGUCCCUUACAUUGGGGGUCAGUGGGAAGAAUGUCCCUUACAUUGGGGGUCAGUGGGAAGAACGUCCCUUACAUUGGUGGUCAGUGGGAAGAAUGUCCCUUACAUUGGAGGUCAGUGGGAAGAAUGUCCCUUACAUUGGGGGUCAGUGGGAAGAAUGUCCCUUACAUUGGGGGUCAGUGGGAAGAACGUCCCUUACAUUGGGGGGUCAGUGGGAAGAAUGUCCCUUACAUUGGGGGUCAGUGGGAAGAAUGUCCCUUACAUUGGGGGGUCAGUGGGAAGAAUGUCCCUUACAUUGGGGGUCAGUGGGAAGAAUGUCCCUUACAUUGG